CCAACAAUGUAGCGAAUGUCCCACUUGGGUCUGCGCGUUGGAACCGCGGCGUGAGCGCCCCGGGAAGAUGGAGCAGCCGCCGCCCGCGCCGCCCGGGGCUCCGCCGUCCUUGCGGGGCCAGCAGCAGCUCCAGCCACCGACGCCCGGUCUCCCGGCGCGCGAGGCCCCGCAGCCUUGGGCCAGGACGCCCCCAAGGGUAUAGACCGCGCCCCAGGAGGGAGCAAUGAUCUUCAAAAUGAAGACUCUGGAAGAUUUUACGUUCUCUAUAGGAACUACAAAAACUGAAGGAAGGAACAUUUUCAAACGGGAAUUGUUUUAAAAGUAUGUUUACAACUAACUGAUAUUGUUGACAGGUUUUUAAAAAACAUAAUCAAACACUUUAAGAAGAUUGUAUUUAUGGUAAAAGGAAACUGGACUAACAAUGAGGCCAAAGACCUUUCCUGCCACAACUUAUUCUGGGAAUAGCCGGCAACGAUUGCAAGAGAUUCGGGAGGGGUUAAAGCAGCCACCCAAGUCUGUGGCUCAGGGGUUACCCGUGGGACCAAACAGUGACACUUCCCUGGACGCCAAAGUCCUGGGGAGCAAGGAUGCCACCAGGCAGCAGCAGCAGCAGCAGCAGCAGAUGAGAGCUACCCCGAAGUUCGGUCCUUACCAGAAAGCAUUGAGGGAAAUCAGAUACUCCUUGUUGCCUUUUGCUAAUGAAUCAGGCACUUCAGCAGCUGCAGAAGUAAACCGGCAAAUGCUGCAGGAGCUGGUGAAUGCAGGAUGUGACCAGGAGAUGGCAGGUAGAGCGCUCAAGCAGACUGGCAGCAGGAGCAUCGAAGCCGCGCUCGAGUACAUCAGUAAGAUGGGCUACCUGGACCCCAGGAAUGAGCAGAUCGUGCGCGUCAUCAAGCAGACCUCCCCAGGGAAGGGCCUCGUGCCAACCCCGGUGUCGCGGAGGCCCAGCUUCGAGGGAACAAGAGACUCGUUCGUGCCCUACCACCAGCUGGGCGGCGCGGCCUACGAGGGCCCGGGCUUCAGCGCCAACGCCGCCAGCGCGCUGGAGGAGGUGCCGCGGCAGUACGUGGACUUCCUCUUCCCCGGAGCCGGCUCCCACGGCGUGCCUGGCCCCCAGCAUCAGCCCAAGGGUUACCCCGCCAGCGCGGAGGCCGCGGGGGCGCACUUCCCACCGCAGGGCCCGCACUACGGCCGGCCACACCUGCUGGUGCAGGGCGAGCCGCUGGGCUACGGCGUGCAGCGCACCCUCUCCUUCCAGACCAAGACGCCGCCUGAGGUGGGGGGCUAUGCCAACCUCGCUGCCAAGGGCCAGGGGGGCCCGCUCGGCACCAGCCUCGCCUUCCCGCUCCCCGCCGCCGCUGCACUCUACUUGCCGCACCCGCACCACAAGCAGGCUGGCCCCGCGGCCCACCAGCUGCACGUGCCGGGCGCUCGGGGCCAGGUGUUCACCAGCGACAGCCCCCCCCAGAGCCUGCUCGCCCCUUCCAGGAACAGCCUCAAGGUGGACAUGUACGAGCUGAGCAGUGCUCCCGUCCAGCAGUGGCCGCCCGCCCCCCUGGCCCGCCGCGACUCCCUGCAAAAGCCGAGCCUGGAGGCGCCCCCGUGCCAGCACGUGGCCUUCCGGCCCGAUGGCCCGGUGCCCAGCAGGACCAACUCCUUCAAUAGUCAGCAGCCACGGGCCGGCAAGGCCGAGCCCUCCCUGCCCGCCCCCAACACCGUCACGGCAGUCACGGCCGCGCACAUCCUGCACCCGGUGAAGAGCGUGCGGGUGCUGAGGCCCGAGCCGCAGACCGCCGUGGGGCCCUCCCACCCCGCCUGGGUGCCUGCGCCCGCCCCGGCCAGCGACGGCCUAGACACCAAGGACGAGCAUCCCCUGGCCCUGGGCGGCGCCUACCCGCUGGACGUGGAGUACGGCAGCCCCGAGCGGCGGUGCCCGCCCCCGCCCUACCCGAAGCACCUGCUGCGGCACAGCAAGUCGGAGCAGUACAGCCUGGACGGCCUGUGCAGCGGCGUGGAGCAGGGCCUCCGCGGGGGCCCAGCCGCCGAGCCCGCCGACCGGGGCGACAGGAGCCUCAAGAGCGACAAGGGGGACAGAGGCGGGAAGGACAAAAAGCAGAUCCAGACCUCUCCUGUUCCUGUCCGCAAAAGCAGUAGAGACGAAGAGAAGAGAGAGUCGCGCAUCAAGAGCUACUCGCCGUACGCCUUUAAGUUCUUCAUGGAGCAGCACGUGGAAAAUGUCAUAAAAACCUACCAGCAGAAGGUCAACCGGCGGUUGCAGCUGGAACAGGAGAUGGCCAAAGCUGGACUCUGUGAAGCUGAGCAGGAGCAGAUGAGGAAGAUCCUUUACCAGAAGGAGUCUAAUUACAACAGGCUGAAGAGGGCCAAGAUGGACAAGUCCAUGUUUGUGAAAAUCAAAACGCUCGGGAUCGGUGCCUUUGGAGAAGUGUGCCUUGCUUGUAAGGUGGACACUCACGCCCUGUAUGCCAUGAAGACUCUGAGGAAGAAGGACGUCCUGAACCGGAAUCAGGUGGCCCACGUCAAGGCCGAGAGGGACAUCCUAGCUGAGGCAGACAAUGAGUGGGUGGUCAAGCUCUACUACUCGUUCCAGGACAAAGACAGCCUGUACUUUGUAAUGGACUACAUCCCGGGCGGGGACAUGAUGAGCCUGCUGAUCCGCAUGGAGGUGUUCCCCGAGAACCUGGCGAGGUUCUACGUCGCAGAGUUGACUCUGGCCAUUGAGAGUGUCCACAAGAUGGGCUUCAUCCACCGAGACAUCAAGCCUGACAACAUUCUGAUAGAUCUGGAUGGUCACAUCAAACUGACAGAUUUUGGCCUCUGCACUGGAUUCAGGUGGACUCACAAUUCCAAAUACUACCAGAAAGGGAACCACAUCAGACAGGACAGCAUGGAGCCCAGCGACCUCUGGGACGAUGUGUCUAAUUGUCGAUGUGGAGACAGGCUGAAGACCCUGGAACAGAGAGCACGGAAGCAGCAUCAGAGGUGCCUGGCACAUUCCCUGGUUGGGACCCCAAAUUACAUCGCGCCAGAGGUGCUCCUCCGCAAAGGGUACACUCAGCUCUGUGACUGGUGGAGCGUUGGAGUGAUUCUCUUCGAGAUGCUGGUGGGGCAGCCACCCUUUUUGGCACCUACUCCGACGGAAACCCAGCUGAAGGUGAUAAACUGGGAGAGCACACUGCACAUUCCCUCCCAGGUCAAGCUGAGCCCUGAGGCCAGGGACCUCAUCACCAAACUGUGCUGCUCUGCAGACCACCGCCUGGGGCGGGACGGGGCCGAUGACCUGAAGGCCCACCCGUUCUUCAGCACCAUCGACUUCUCCAGCGACAUCCGGAAACAGCCAGCGCCUUACGUUCCCACCAUCAGCCACCCCAUGGACACCUCAAAUUUUGACCCCAUAGAUGAAGAAAGCCCUUGGAACGACGCUAGCGAAGGCAGCGCCAAGGCCUGGGACACGCUUACCUCCCCCGGUAACAAGCACCCUGAGCAUGCGUUUUAUGAAUUCACUUUCCGAAGGUUCUUUGAUGACAAUGGCUACCCCUUUAGAUGCCCAAAGCCUUCAGCAGCAGAAGCUUCGCAGUCUGAGAACUCAGAUCUAGAAAACUCUGAUCUGGUGGAGCAGACUGAAGGCUGCCAGCCAGUGUACGUGUAGAUGGUGGCCAAACACCACUGCUGGCCUCUCCAGAGGUCGGGCACAGCUGGUUCCUGUGUAGGCACACGGGGAGGCUGAGGGUUGCUUUGUUUUAGAUCAGUCCGUUGACCACUUGAAAUUCUGGUCUUCACUGAGUAUACCCCAAACAAACAAGAAACAUUUUUAAAAAGGACUCAAGUGUAACAAAUCUUCAUUUCUAGAUUCUGGUUGAUGGGUGGUGGGGAGGGUCAACAUUGCUUUGAAUUUGGCUUUUUUGAGGACCUUCACUGCAUUAAAACAAUAUUUUUAAAAAUUUAGUACAGUUUAGAAAGAGCACUUAUUUUGUUUAUAUCCAUUUUUUCUUACUAAAUUAUAGGGAUUAAUUUUGACAAAUCAUGCUGCUGUUAUUUUCUACAUUUGUAUUUUAUCCAUAGCACUUAUCCACAUUUAGGAAAAGACAGAAAGUGAAGAACGUGAUAAAAAUCUCUGUGCAAUAAUGUAAAAAAAAAAAGAACACUCUGCUCAGAUGUCAUGGAGACCGUUUUAUCCACACAAUGGUUUUUGUUUUGUAUUUCUUCCCACAUUUCAAAAUUGUGGUAUAAUGUUAAAAGCUGCUUUUCUUUCUUUCUUUUUUUUUUUGCAUAUUAUAGUAUAGUAGAAAGUGUGAGCAAGGUGACAAUGUGGGUGUGUUUUCAGAUGUCUGGUGUGUGGAGAGUACUGCAUGAGCAGGGUUUUUUCUAUUAUAAAAUUACCAUAUCUUGCCAUUCACAGCAGGUCCUGUGAAUAUAUUUUUACCGAGUGUCUUUAAAUGAGGUGUUCUAGAAGGUGUGCUGAUAAUGUAUCGUGUGGGUGACUUCUUCGCUAUGAUUGUAUCUCUUAUUUUUGUUAAAGAAAUGCAGAUGUGUAACUGAGAAGUGAUUUUUUGUGUGUCUUGGGUAUGAUUGGAUUCUUUUGGGGGUAAACUUAAACAUUUAUCAUGUACUAACCUUGUAUACAUCAAAAGGGAUUAAUUUAGCUAUGCCAAAAAAUUUAAAUUAAUCAUGGACAUAUGUCCAUUUCUCUAGUCAGUAUGCUCUUAUGUGCUUGGUAUAGCUGGUAUGUGGAAUUCCAUAGCUAAGACCCUACUACUACAUUUUUUUUUUCCCUUUACAGACUGCCCACACUGAAAGGUUAAAUGAAUGUUAUUCCUCCUGUUGUCUUAGACAGCAGAGAUGUUACCGUAAUGAUAUUGAGUGAUUUUAUGGUUCUUUCACAUUUUUUAAGUGUGCUUUGAAGCAUCAAAUAUUAACUUGGUUUUUAAACAAUACAUUUUUUCUAACCUUUGUAAAGAAGCAAAGAUUCUUCAAAGUUACAUUGGAAUAAAAAAAUAAUUAAGCCAUACAUAUUUUCUUAGAAGUAAAGGUGUAUAUAUAACUACAUAGA